GGUGAUUAUCAAUUGACUCAUGUGAUGUUAUUUAGUCCUUAGGUUUUUUAUUACAUUAUUAAUCCUUAAACUUAAUACUUAGUAUUAGAAUGACAUUUGUCAUUUUUUUGAAAUGUUUUAUACAAUAGUGGCCGGACAUGUGAUUGUCACAUGACUUUUUCCGGUAGUAAUUUGGGAAAAAAAUUGUCAAGGGUACUAAAUGUGCUCAAAAUUUGAAUGUUUGGGUAUCAGAUUUGUUGUCGUCCAAAAUUUAGGGACUAAAAUCGCUCAUCUGUCAAAGUUUAGAUACCAAAAGUGUAUUUUUCUCUUGAAAAAUCGAUCAUCAAAUGAUUUCUCAUCAGUCUCUACUCAAUCAAUCCACUGCUGAGUCCAGUAAUAUAAAACCCCAUUGAUUCGAUUUCAGCGACUACUCGCUCAAAUGGGUUUUGUUAAUCUUCUCACCAUGGCGAAGAGAUUCACUGGAAUCAUCGCUAUUCUCUUGUUGCUGAGGCUGACAACAGCCUCUGCUUCUCAUGAGUUUUGUGAUGCUAGGAUGGGUUACAAUGUUGUUGGAUGUGGAGGAUCUGACUCCUCUUCACGAAGGAUAUUGAUUAAGGGAGGGACAGUUGUAAAUGCUCACCAUCAAGAGGUUGCUGAUGUUUAUAUAGACGAUGGGAUUAUUGCUGAUGUGAAACCUAACAUCAAGAAAUCCCAUCUUCAGGUCGGUGAUGAAGUUACAGUAAUUGAUACCACUGGAAAGUUUGUCAUGCCAGGGGGAAUUGAUCCUCACACUCACCUGGAAAUGGAAUUUAUGGGUACUGAUUCUACUGAAACAAUUGAUGACUUCUUCAGCGGCCAAGCUGCUGCACUAGCUGGUGGAACAACUAUGCACAUUGAUUUUGUCAUGCCUGUGAAUGGGAGUCUAUCUUUAGGGUUCAAAGCAUAUGUAGAAAAAGCAAAGAAGUCUUGCAUGGACUAUGGUUUCCAUAUGACAAUAACUAAAUGGGAUGAUACUGUUGCAAGAGAAAUGGAAAUUAUGGUCAAAGAGAAAGGUAUCAACUCCUUCAAGUUUUUCCUAGCAUACAAGGGUAUUGUCAUGAUUAAUGAUGAGCUUCUGUUGGAGGGACUUAAAAAAUGCAAGUCGCUUGGUGCUUUGGCCAUGGUUCAUGCAGAAAAUGGAGAUGCUGUGUUUGAAGGCCAGAAAAGAAUGAUUGAACUUGGUAUUACUGGUCCAGAGGGACAUGCACUUUCUAGGCCCCCUUUGCUAGAAGCAGAGGCCACUGCUCGGGCUAUUCGUUUGGCUGGUUUUAUUAACACACCUUUGUACAUAGUACAUGUCAUGAGCAUUGAUGCAAUGGAAGAAAUAGCUAAAGCUCGGAAAUUAGGUCAGCGAGUUGUUGGCGAACCAGUGGUUUCAGGUCUAGUUCUAAAUGAUUCUGGCCUUUGGGACCCAGACUUCAACAUUGCAGCAAAGUUUGUCAUGAGCCCACCUAUUCGAGCACCAGGGCAUGGAAGGGCUCUUCAGGCAGCGGUUUCAAUGGGUGUCCUACAGGGAUUCCACGUGGUGCCAGAGAACACUGGCAAAUCAGCAUUUGGAAAGCUAGUUGGUACUGACCACUGUACCUUCAACUCAACACAGAAAGCUUUUGGAAUAGAUGAUUUCAGAAAAAUCCCAAAUGGUGUCAAUGGCAUUGAGGAGAGAAUGCAUCUGGUUUGGGAUACAAUGGUGGCCUCAGGGAAAAUAUCAGUCACUGAUUAUGUACGGAUAACAAGCACUGAAUGUGCUAGGAUAUUCAAUAUCUAUCCAAAGAAGGGAGCAAUACUUCCUGGAUCAGAUGCAGACAUAAUCAUAUUAAAUCCCAAUUCAAGUUUUCAGAUAAGCUCAAAUUCUCACCAUUCAAGAUCAGAUACAAAUGUCUAUGAGGGAUGGAUCGGGAAGGGAAAAGUUGAGAUAACUAUUGUUGGUGGAAGGAUUGUUUGGGAAAAUAAUGAACUAAAGGUUAAUCUUGGUUCGGGCAAAUACAUAAAAAUGCCACCUUUCAAUUAUCUUUUUGAUGGAAUUGAGAAAGCAGAUGUGAGUUACAUCUCUUCCCUAAGAGCACCAGUGAAUCGAUUUAAAGCCAUGCAAUGAAAUGUAUGAAUACUUGUAAAGUAACAUAAUUGAAUACUAAAUAGCUUUUCGAUUCUACAAAGCAAUAAGUUGAGGGACUACGUUGAUGUAUUUUAUUUUGUCUCUCUUUUAUGAAAGUUAUAUGCUGGCAAACGGGUGUAAGAUUGUUGGCACUACUUUAUCACAAAUUGUGCAC